ACGUUUAUUUAUAUGCAAAAUUAGAAAAAAUUUCAAAACCUUUCAAAAAUGUGCAUAUCACAUAUCAAAAUUUUCAGAAUUUCGUGAAGAUGAUGAAUAUGAAGUCCAACCUGGAAAAUAUGGAUUAUUAAUAAAGUUAACUAAAUACAUGCGCACCUGCAUAUUUUCCCAUUUUGGACGGUAAAAACCACUUUUUCCCAUAGUUCCCGCUUUUUCCCACUACUCAUGGGAAAGAUAGUUUCGGACGGCAAAAACGAAACCCUGAUUUGGAAUAUUUCAAAUAUAAGUUAACGGUUAUUACGCGGAAAAUUCCAACCCAUAAAAGAAUUAUCUUUAAACGUAAGAAUGGUAAAAGCGGGUUUUAAUUUUUUUAACUUAAUUAUAUAUUUAAUACAUUGCAAAAUUGUUUUGGGAAUAAUAAUCAAGAGCGUAAUUACUUAUUAUCUAAUAGUAGUUGAAAUUAGUCCUAGCUAUGAUAUAAGACAAUAAAAAUUAUAAAAAUUCGUUUAAAAGAACAAAUGCCGAUGCAAAUACCUGUAGUCAUACCAUGAUGAUGUUGUUCAGUAAGAAAUGUGCUUGUCACUCAUUGUUAAGGUAUUAUGACUUUUAAUUUCUUAAAUUGUUAACAUAAUAAGGGCCUACAAAAGUCCUGGGAAUUUUUGAAAUUUUGUUAUAUAAAUUAAUUAUACUGGGUUUAAGGUUUACAAAUGUUCCCCUUAUAUAAAGGGGAACAUUUAACCUAAGAGAGGUUCAGAUUUUAUAUACUUACUAGCAAUUAAGCCCGUCGCAAAACGGGGAUACUGUUAGAUGUUGCGAUAUUGUUAAUGAUAUAAUUAAGGGUAAUAUAUACAUACAUAUAUAUACACAUAUAUAUAUAUAUGUCAUAAUUUAACGUAGACUUUUAUGUCAAAUGUAAUAUAAACCAAAAAAAACAUUGUACUGCUUAAAAUAUUUAUUCAAUCUUUAAACUUUAAACGUUUAAACUUUUUCAUAAACCGUUGUAAUUAAUUAUAAAAAUACAUAACAAAUGGAUUUUUCCUUAAUUAUAUAGAACUUCACGGGAAACUAGAUUGACAGUAAACACUUUGCCAUAACUUAGGAUAAGCUGUCUACAAAAGAGAGUCUUAUAGUUACGUUUUUGAUUAUAUUUCAAUAGAAUUGCAUUCCCUAGAGUCUUGUGGAGGUCGGCGUAUGAACAGUUUUCUCGAAAAAAGUUUAUCAGAAUACUUAUGGUAAUUUGCGAGCAAUAGCCUAAAAACUAUAGGAAAUAACAGAUUCUUACCGCAUAACGUACAUGAUCUUAGUGCAACGAAUGUUGAGAUGCAUGAAUCCUUCAUGGCGCCAGGAUUGAUCACCCAGACGUCCAUGAAGGUCAUUCUUCAUUAAUUUAUAAAUAUUUAAUUAGGGGAGGAUUUGUUAGAGACGUCUAACAAUUCCUCCAACAUUGGGUAGUGGAGAACUCUCCACAGGAUAUGGAAAUUUAGUGAUAAGAUUAUUGGUGGGUGGAUGGUAGUUGAAAGAGAAGUCGAGAGAGGAAAUCUCCGUAGUUUUAGUUAAUUAGUUUUAAGUAUUAGAAUGGUGAUGUCGUGCUCUUUCCUCCACUCUUGCACAGACUUGUAGAUUUUGUAAAUACCUUUUUUUUCCUUAGCGUAAUAAAUUAACAGUUUGCAUUACAAUCUUCCUUUUGCUCUCCCAAUUCAAAAAGCAGCUAUUUAAUCAAAAUCAUAAAAUUUAUUUUUUCUCAGCAUGCAAACGGUCACAUUAGUUUUCGAGAGUCACAUGAUGAGAUUGAAAUUGUGUAAUUGUGAGAUUUUUAGACUGAGAGCUUGGGAUUGAGAUUUAGAUUAACAUUUGACCCCGCAGAAUACAUUAAGAUUUCUAAUUUGUGUGGACAAAUUUCAGAUUCAACUGCAAGCAUUAUCCUAAAUUGCUCGUCCAUGAAACUCAUAUAACAUAUAUUACACAUAUAGAUAAACAUUUAUGGAAAAUAUGAGCCAUUUCUAUCCAAUACAUUUCAUACCAACUACAAUUACACAUUAUACAUAAUUUCCUAUAACUAAUGAAUUUCAAACUUAGAUAACUAAUUUUGUAUUGGAUAGAUUUUCCUAAUUAUUCUUACUACAUAAAGACAAGGUCCUAAACUACAAUAUCCAAUAUGAUUUGACGAUGAGCCAUUCUUGGUUUAGCCUACAAUCUUACUUAAACUUAUCACUACGGGAUUUGACACAUUAACGAACUUUAAACUUAAAUUACAAAUUCUGUAUUGGAUAGAUUUCUCCAAUAAUUGUACCAAAUUAAUACAAGACCCUUCACUACAAUAUGUACUAUAAUUUGACGAGGAGCUAUCUUUCGUUUUUCACCAAAGUUAUUAAACUCGACACAUCUCAUUCUGUGACAUAUGUUAAUCAAAAUCUUCUUGAUUUGGGCCUCGUUUUGAUGGUUAAAUUUUCCAAAACGGUUACCUACAAGCAGAGAUAUUCCCGAAAAACUGUUAUUUUGAAGUAUAACAUUGGCUUAUGGGAAAAGUCAGAAAUAUUAUUUAUAACCAGUAUAUAUUUAUGGUUAAAUAUAUUGGUUCAAUAACUUUAGCCAAAUGUGGCCGAUUUACAAAAUUAGACAACCAAAAUAAUCCCUGAGCUAAGACGGUUGUGUUACUCACGGUUUUAAUGUGGGUUCACUUUGCCCCAAAUCAAUUGUUUCCACUGCACGUUAAAAACCACUUUUGGCCAUUCUUCCAUUUUUGACCACCUGGGCUGGUUAAAAAGGUUUUGGACGUCCAAAACGAAACCCUGCAUUUAAGCCAGCUAAAUAAUUUUUUUUCCAAAUUACCUCCGUAGUUUAGAGCAGGGUCAGAAUAAUUCCCACAUCUCGUUAAAAUGGUCAAGCUUUGCAUGUUGAGGUAAUCUUGGAAAAAAUUAAUUUAACAUUUAAAAUUCAAUUUGGUUCCAUUUGGUGGUCUCAUGCAGAGUUUACAAGAUUUUUAGCAUUCAGUGGGACCAAUUCAUUAGUUUUUAUUUCGCAGGCUUUACUAACAUGUCCGGAAUAGAGGUGACCCUCAUAUACGGAAAGCCCGUCCUCCUCGUCCGUUCUUCCCCCAUUCUACAAAUGUGUCAAUGGUUGACCAAAGUGGAGACUAUGAUGGCGGCGAUAGCAAACGGGGAUCACCCAAUCGUCGAAGUUUGUUUCAUCGGAACGCACCAAGUUCAAAUUGAUUCCAACCUCAACCUUCAUGACUGGCAUGGGAAAAACGUUAUCGUCAUUUCAAAGCGGGUCCAAGUAAUGAAAACUUGUCACUGGGAUGUCUCCGGGGUUCAUGGGGCCCAUGCUUCAAACCAACGGGCGAAAGACGGGCAAAAUCCUGGCGACCCGGGGGAAAACGGGGAACCCGGGCGGGAUGGAGAAAACAGUGGAAAUGUCUACAUCCUUUCCGAAGAGUUUGAGAACCCCCAUCUUUUACAAAUCAAAGCGAAUGGGGGACCUGGAGGAAACGGUCAACCGGAUGGAAAUGGGGUUGAUGGUAAAAAAGGAAAGGAUGGAUUCGCCUUGACCUUGAACCAGUUGAAGGAGCAGUAUCCAGUAUUUCCGAUUUACUAUGCCUUUAGUGAAAUUGAAUCAGGGUCUGUUAGCACCAGAGAUGAAGUAAUUCGAAAUUUUCCAACGGCCAGAUUCAUGGAAGCAACAACAGCGGAGGGAAAUCACGUCACAUGUUCCUUCUACAGCGGAUUAAACACACAUAAAUACCUGUUGUUCAAAGGGGCUAAAGGUGACCCAGGGACGGAAGGGGGUCUACCCGGAAGAGGCGGUAUUCCUGGGCAUGGUGGAUUCGCUGGAGUAGUGGAAACAUUCAAAAUCACUAGUUCUACCCAACUAGCAGUUCAAGAAACCCAAACCCUGCUUGAAGCCAACCCGGGUAAAAACGGAGUUAGAGGUGUGUUGGGUAAUAAGGGGAGGAAUGGAGCACCGGGAAAUGAUGGUCUGGACGUGGGAUUUGUUUUGUGGGAAAAUCUUCUACUACCUCGCCAUACGAUUUAUCAUGGACCGGGACGAUUGAAAUUGGAAAAGUGUGAAGACCCCAACGAUUCAAAUUAUCCCGGGGUUUCGUGCCCUCGAUCCUCCAGCUAUGUCAGAAUUUUUGCCGAAUCAACCAUUCCAGUAACCAUGAUUCCAAGAGAUGAAGUUGUCCAGCUUAAAGGUCAGAAUAUUCCUCCGAUUUUAUCUCGGCGUCAGGAUAAUAUCUCCAUCAGUAGGGAGCAACUUCGGACACUUUAUCUUCCCGUGUGGACAAAAUUAUUGUCUGAAAAUUCUCACAAUUUGGAUCCUGAACUUUCUCCUCUCACCGGAGCAACGGAUAGUCAAAGACUUUUACAAUUAAAAAUCUAUGAAAUUUUGGAAAUUUUACUGAUUGACACCACUACUCUGUGCAGAUCAUACCCGGUAGGAAACCUUGACCUGUUGAAAGUCAAGCCAAAAAAAUUGCCCCAACCCAAGAGUAUUGAAGGAUAAAACCAACA